GGAUGCUUUGCACAUGCACCUCAAUGGUACUUCAGUUGCAACAUGGCGGCCUCCAUGCUGACAAGUUUACGCUUCUAUCAGUUAACCAAGCUAACAUGUUCGAGGGAUGUGUACCGUCGUUUGGUAACCUUAUUUAAUAAUGACAAAAUGCGAGCGAGGCGCUGUCUAGACUAUAGUCAUUCGCACAUGUAUACAACCUCACAUUCUACACAGAAUGAUCGGCUUUCACGCAUCCCAGUCGAUAAACUGAAGAUAAGUUAUAGUCGGAGCAGUGGACCAGGUGGUCAACAUGUCAACAAGGUCAGUACAAAGGCAGAGGUCCGUUUCCACGUGCAAACAGCUGAGUGGAUUCCAGAAGAAGUAAGGAGAGAGAUUCUCUUGAAGAAUAAAACUCGUGUAAACAAAGCAGGAGAGUUAAUUGUGACUUCAGAGAUCAGCAGAAGCCAGCUGAGAAACCUGGAAGACUGCAUUCAGAAGAUCUCAGAAAUGAUUACUGAGGCUAGUCAGCGGCCUCCAGAGCCAUCUGCAGAGGAUAUCGCCCUGAGAGCUCAUAGGUUAGAGAAAAGAAAUUUGGAAAGACUUAAACAGAAGAAGAUACAUGCUACAAAAAAACAAGCAAGAGGAGUUGACUUUGACUGAACCAUUUCCAUAUUACGUUUUUUUUUUACAAUCAAAUGAAACAUUGCAAAAGUACAAAAGUGGUGUUUUCUUUUGCUGUACAUAAUGCAUAUAGGUAAGUGUGGCCUUCAAGCCCAUCAAAAUUAGACAUCUUUUUAUUUAUUUAUUUUUACAGAAACACAUGGAUACAAUUUCAAAUUAAUCUAUCAUUUGAUAAUAUAUUAAACUCUCUUCCAUAUGUCAAUUUCUGUCAU